CGUCCUCCCCGCAGGCCCAUAGAAUGCCCAGGGCUGAGCUGUGAGCGCCGCCACUGCCCACCGCCAUGGAGUCCCGAGGGAAGCCGGCCAGCAUCCCCAAGCCCGAAGCCAAAGCCCCCCCAGCGGCGGACCCGAAGGCCCCAGCGAACAAGCCGGGGAAGAAGGAGGAGCCGCCCGCAGCCCCCGCGCCGCUGCCCGCCAAGAAGAGCCCGGCCAAGGCGGACCCCGUCCUUCUCAACAACCACAGCAACCUGAAGCCGGGGCCCGCCGCCCCCAGCACCCCCGAGGCGGCCCCCGAGCCCAAGGGGCCCGGGGACGGGGCCGAGGAGGAGGAGGCCGGCCGGGGGUCCCGAGGCCCCUGCCCUCUGGAGAACUUGACGCCACUGCUGGUGGCCGGGGGCGUGGCCGUGGCCGCGGCCGCCCUGGUCCUGGGAGUGGUCCUGCUGGUGGCCCGGAAAAAGUGACGGUGGGGGCGUGAUGGGCGCAGCCCCAUCCUGUACAGACCUGGGGUUCUAGUGCAUGCGAGCCCAGCCAGCUCUCCGUCCACCCCCACACAUAUAGAAACUGACCCCAGCGACAGUGGACCAGUCUCCCACUGGGCUGCCCCCAGCUUCCCUCUCGGUCCCCGGGCAGCUGCACUCGGGCUGGGGCCAGCCUCCCCACUGAGGGGCCACCGGGCGCAGCU